AUGAAUCUGGAAACUCCUUGGGGAACGCUUAUCAGAUUGACGAAAGAGCGUGUGCAGAUUUUUCGAGAUUUUGUACAGCAAUCAGAAAGAUUUACUCGUGAAGACGUGAAACACGAGAUUCGUCAUCAUUGCUCGUUUUUCACCGAAUGGUCGAAUGUUACCAAGUUCGCCGAUGAGCCGAUUGAUUAUUUUUCGGAAUACGCUUUUCAGCGAGUG